CCGGGACCGCCAGCGGGGCCGGGCCCUCGGCCGGGGCCGCGGCCGCCAUGGAGGCGCCGCCGCCCCCCGCUCCCCCCGCCGCUCCCCCGGCUCCCUGCAGCGCGGCGCGGAGCCUGCAGGACGAGCUGACGUGCCCCGUGUGCCUGGAGUACUUCAACGACCCGGUGCUGGUGGCCGAGUGCGGGCACAACUUCUGCCGCGCCUGCGUGACCCAGUGCUGGGAGGACUCGGCGCGCCGCCUGUGCUGCCCGCAGUGCCGCGAGCCGGUCCCGCAGCGCCUCUUCCGACCCAACCGCUCCCUCGGCAACAUCGUGCACAUCGUCCGCCAGCUCGGCCUGCCGCCGGGACCCGCCGAGGCGCCGCCGGGCCCGCCCGCCCCCGCCCUCCCCGUGCCCGCCGCCGCCGAGCCGCCGGGGCCUCCGGGGCCUCCGCGGUGCCCCCGGCACGGGGAACCGCUGCGGCUUUACUGCGUGCAGGACCGGCGGGCCGUGUGCGUGGUGUGCCACCUGUCCCGCGAGCACCGGGCGCACACCGUGCUGCCCGCAGAGGAGGCGGCACACGCCGCUGAGGAGGUGCCCCAGGAGCACUUGAGCUCCCUGAGGAAAGGGCGGGAGGAGGCCAAGGCCGAGAGGGAGAGACAGAGUGAGGAGCUGCUGAAGCAGGCGGAGGUGGAGCGGCAGAAGAUCGUGGCCGAGUGCAAGGAGCUCCGGGCCUUCCUGGAGGAGAAGGAGCAGCUGCUGCUCUCCCGCCUGGAGGAGCUGGAAAAGGACGUGGGGAGGAGACGGGACGAGAGCGUGGCCAGGCUCAGCGAGGACAUCGCCCGGCUGGACAAGCUGCUGGAGGAGGAGGGCGUUGUCCCAGCUGGCAGCAGCCUGGAGAGUUGGAUGUUCCUGAAACCCGAGCCCGGAUUUUCCGAGCUGGAAAAGAAACUCAAGAGCUUUUCCCAGAAAAGUGCAGUGCUCAAGGAGGUGCUCCUGGAAUUCAAGGAGAACCUGCGCUUCGAGCUGGAGAACGACACAGCCGACCUGUCCCUGGACCCCGACACCGCCAACCCCUACCUGGUGCUGUGGUGGGACAGUGACCCCACAAGUGACCCCACAAGUGUCCCCCCUGUCCCAUUUGGGACACAGACACUGGAUCAGUCCCUUCACAG